CCGGCGACGGUCGACCCCUAUUCAUUUAUUAUAAACGAGUACACGUGUGAUUGAGAUGGCGAAUAUACCAGUCCUAUUGUAAUACAGUCCACUUUUAUUUCACGUCCCUUAGGACCGUAACAUUGGUCCUUUAGGAUUCUCACCGUCUUAAUGAAAAGUGUGGUCAACGUCAUCAACUCAUCAUCAAGACUCAAAGCAAUACAGUGUGGUCUUCAGCUGCAGAAGAUACCUCGAGGAGCCUUCUUCAUUAUUAUCCUGUGGAGUAUACUUCGUCAAGCAACCGCACAAGCCCGAGAAUUGAAAGUCAUUUUGAGGUCGAACGCGCGACGGACUUUGGACCCAUCGAGAGUGCGUGUCAUCUGUGAGAUCGAGACGCUUUCGGACUCUGCAGACGACCAGCUCGCGGAACGCGAAGAAUUCGAAUGUCAGUAUCAUGCGCUAGUGGCGGCGGCACGCAGUCUGCCCGGCGCGCAGCCGGCACAGCACCGCGAGCGCCUGGAUGGUUCUGUAUCGAGUUUUGAGGAUGCACAGGCAAGUGGUUUAUCUAAUCGUGUUAGAUUGCCUAAAAUCAAUUUACCUGUCUUUCAUGGUCACUAUCAACACUGGCUUGAGUUCAGGACUUUUGUUUCUUUAAUUCAUUGCAGAUUCUGGUGUGACUCAAUGAUUGUAUUAGGGUGGUUAUAUACAUCACCUACUAAUCUUAAAAGUUUUGUUCGCAACCGUGUGCAUGGAAUACAGGAGAGCACGGAGAGUUAUACGUCGAAGGACAAUCCGGCGGAUCUUGUUUCUCGAGGGCUGAAGGCUGACCUUAUCAGCGAUUCAUCGUUAUGGUGGUCGGGGCCACCUUAUUUAUCAAAAAUGAAGCUUUUUGGCCAAAAAUGCCCAACGUUAGCGUGA